AUGGUUGGACGGACCUUGACUUCCGUCGCUAUUAUAGGCGGUGGGCCAGGAGGGCUGGGAAGUGCCAUUGCUCUCUCUCAACUGCCAUGUCUUCGAGUUACUCUCUACGAAAAGAAUUCGGAGCCGCGAGAAGCCGGAGCGGGGAUCAGUCUGAGCACGAAUGCGUGGAGAGUCCUAGACUUGCUGGAAGCAAGUGAUGGAGUCUGGGGAGGCUCUAAGUCGAACACCCACCAACGGAAUGCCUAUACAGGUAAGAUAUUAAGCAUCACUCAGCAUCCGGAAAAUUCUGCUGUAGACCAACGCGGGUCGAUUCGUGCUCGCAGAGCUCGGCUCCAGUCAGCCCUCCUUGCCAAGGUACCUGAAGGCGUGAUUCAAUUCAACAAGAAACUUGUAUCUCUCGAAAGCUUGCCCGGAGAAGGGGUACGACUGGUGUUCCACGAUCAGACAGAGGUAGCCGCGGAUAUUGUAAUCGGUGCUGAUGGAAUCCACUCUUGGCUUGACCAGGUCGUUCGACGAGCCCUGUUCUCUGAUCAUCAGCUUCAUUUCACUGGAAAUACUGCUUGGCGUGUCCUUAUUCCUAAGUCACGUCUGGCGCACCUCCCAGAAAUCACGUCCACAACGGCCUGGUGGUGGGGCAAAGUUGGUCAUGUGUAUUUCUCAGAUGUAGAUGAUGGGAGAGACAAGGACCCACAAUUUGAAAUCACCAUACGCUCAUAUCAUGAGCCCGAGGUCGUGGGGAAGACGGUGGGCUGGGGUAUCCCCGCAACCAAUCAAAGAGUGGCAUCUCGUGUAGAGACAUUUGACCAGAGAGUGAGGGAUGCUGUAAGCGUUGUUGCGGAAGGCGAAUGGAGGGAGUUUGCGGGGUUCGCAGGCCCCCGUCUGGACAACAUCACCGGCUGGGACAAGGUCGCCCUUAUCGGGGAUGCUAGCCAUCCUCUUUUCGGCGCUUUUGGUUCCGGAGCGACGUUUGCCAUGGAGGAUGGCUGGAUUCUCGCUCGUGCGAUCGAGCGCACCCAAUUUGCUUCUCAACCUGCACAGAAAGCCCUCGAAAUCUUUAACCUAAUCCGAGCGCCUUAUUAUACCCGAAUGUAUGAACAUCUUGAUGAGGUUCAUGAAAAGUUGCAACAACUCCAGGCAGAAAAAGAAGACUUCAAUCAUUUUCUACAAGCCAAAGUAAACCAUUUCCUUUAUGCUGACAAAGACUUUAUCUACAAGAACGAUAUUAGGAAGGUCUGGGAAGAUUAUCUUUCCACAGAAUAG